GGCUCAAAGGAUUGAAGAUGUGUUAGUAAAACUUAGUGACGAAACCUUAGUGAGCCUUCCUGAUCCUCAUUGAGCUGGAGAUGCAGUGGGGUGAGCUGUUGCUGGACCUCCUCAUCAAUUGCUCGGACCUGUGCAUCAGCGGCACUUUUGUGGUGCUCUUUUUGCAGCUCCGGAAGAACAGAUCCGCAGCCGGGCUCUCGCUCCAGACCUUGUCCACCAUCGUGGGGGCGAGGGUCAUCCACCUCAUUAGCCACGGGUGCGGGCUGCACUAUGUGCCCAACGUGUUGCCCUGGUUCAUUUAUCCCACCAUUGAUGUGGUGAGUUCCUGCAUAGGGGUAGCUUUGCUGCUGUCCUUUGUGUACUACUACUACCCAAGCUAUGAGAAGGAGAAGGACAAUUUCGGCAUCCACAUUUUCGAGCGAUUCGAGCUCAUCCCCAAGAACAGCCCACUUCGGACGAGCCCGUUUGCCGCAGCAUCUUUCCUCUAUGUAGCAGUGGCCAUCUUGGCGCUGCUUUGGUAUGCUGUGAGGAAAUCCCAGCGCACUUUCCUGAUCAGCUACUUCUGCUGCUACUACGAGGCCUUGGGCGCGAUGGCGCUCAUCCCUCAGCUAUGGAUGUUCCAUCAGGACAAGCGGGUGUCGCCCUUGCUGGCCAACUUUGUAGUGCUCACGGCCCUGCACCGGGUCUUCACGCUGAGCUUUUGGAUCGCAUACCCGCGGGUCUUCGUGUGGCGUUACCCGGACAACCGGGGCAUCCAGAUGGCCUCGGAGACCCUGAACCUGCUGAUCUUGUCGGACUUCCUGUUCUACUGGGUGCGGUCCAAGAUUCGGGGAGACUCCGAGAUCAUCCUGGGGGACAGCUACAUGGUUUGAUUUAUUUGGGCCGAUGUGAGUGCCAGCUGAGGAGCCGGCAACUUUGGCUACUUCUUCAAGCCAAGCUGUCGUUUUGCUUGAUAGAUUGCUAAGUGUGUACCAUUGUAACAUCAUGAGUUUUACCACGUGGUGCCUUCACCCUUCUGUGGCUUGGCUUUCAUGUUACGAAACCCGGGGCCCGCUCUUCCUCCCGGGGCUGACUUUGGCGCAGACGGCGCUGAAAGCUUGAGCGCGCGAGAGCCGCGCUAAUUCGGUCACCUAGGUUUUGAUGCCUCGCAGUG